ACGUAAAGACAACUCAAGAUUGAUCACAGACUCGUAGCACCAAGAAAAAAUGGGCCAGCAUGCGUUGUCUGUACCACUACUAGCAGUGGCUCUAGCCAUAUGCUACACCCUCAUCUCAGCCUCCGCCGCAGAAGCCCCUCUCUCCGCCGCAGCCACCGAGUACCUUCAAGCCCACAACCAAGCCAGAGCCGCCGUCGGCGUCCCACCUCUGAAAUGGAGCGAGUCACUUGCCAACGCCACGAGUCGACUCGUCAGGUACCAAAGAGACAAGAUGGGGUGCAACUUCGCCAACCUCACCAGCGGCAAGUACGGCGGGAACCAGCUCUGGGCGAGCGGCCAGGUCGUGACGCCGACCAUGGUGGUGGACACGUGGGUGAAGGAGAAGGAGUUCUACAACCACACCGACAACACGUGCUUGCCCAACCACCACUGCGGCGUCUACACGCAGGUGGUGUGGCGGAAGUCGCUGGAGUUGGGUUGCGCGCAGGCCACGUGUACCAAGGACCAGAGCAGCUUGAGCAUUUGCUUUUACAAUCCUCCUGGGAAUUAUGUAGGGGAGAGUCCGUACUAGCUAGUAGUGGAGCUGAUGAAGUUAAAAUAAGUACGUUAAUAAGAGUAUGAAUGGUUCAGAUCGAAUCCUCA